AUGUCUACAUUCGAACCCGGAAACUUCGAGUUAUGGCAACGGGCUGGUGCUGUUCAAACUGUCCCAAUGGGCGGCAUCCAGUUCCUUGAUUUCAGACAGAAGGCUGCUCUCGCGACCGCCGGUCUUGGCUCAUGUUCUGCGGUUGUCAUUGCAUCGCCUCACGGUGUGAUACUCGCCCACAUUGCGCCACUGCCAGUAUCAACACAGAACCCCUUUGCUGGUGACGCCAAUGUCCAAUCUACCAUGAAUCGAGUUGUCGCCCUUUACCAGGAAAAAGAAAGAGCCUUUUUUCCUUCUGCUGAGACAGUGGUUAUCUGUGCAGAAUUUCGAGGCUCGGUAGCCUUACCGGAUCAGCUGGCUAUCAUGAUGGGAACAUUGAGUCAAGUACAACUCCAACCACGCGCAAUAUCUUACAUUGUACCAACAAAUCCAUCAACUCGCGAUAAUGGGGUAGUGAUGAUCAUUAAAAAGCCCGAAUAUUCCCAACCGAAAAUAUAUGUACAGGACCGGAUAGUGAAUUGA